GUCCUGUUACAAAGCGACAAUGUGCGUUCGAGGAAUAGCGUCUGCACGCCGCGAGUUCCUGCGUAACAUCGAAUGUUUACAAGCUGAAGUAAACAUAUUUUUCAUGGAAUUUCAACCAGAAAGAGAUAUGACGGAUCAUCGUCAGUUCCAUCGAUAAUUCAGUGAGGUUCGCACGAUUGUUGUAUCACAUAGUUCUUAGCAGUUACUUAAUAAAAUGUACAUCUUAAUUACGUUGUCUGUUCUGCCUAUUUUGGCACAUUUUACAGCAUGUGAAUCUACACAAGAACCGCCAAAAGACAUGCAGACAAAGAUUACGUUUAAAACACCGAUUAAUGAGGUGUCAACGACGGCAGACACAUUGAAGCAUGGAUCUCUACGGACAAACCAGCCAAUGUCACAUAUAAGUAGAGAACCACACGAGUUGGAGAAUAACAACGCAAGAUAUAAGAUAUUACUCAAGUCGCCGCACUCGCUGACGAAAAUUGCUAAAACACUGUCACUAGGGUUUGACCCUUCAUUUAGUAGGGAUUACUUCGAACCAUUCGAAAGGCGACCAAGGCCAGUAACACUAGUUGCCUUUCGGAAGAAUGGAUUGGCUACAAGAUACCAGUUAAAAGGCAUCAACAGUAAAUCGUCAGAUGUAGCUGAACUUCAGUCACCAUUCAACGAAAUUAGUAACUUUUGGCAAGACACGGGCAUUUAGAGGCAUAAGUCAUUGGGACCAGCAAAUGGGCUGAGAUUUAUUUUUACACAAAAGUAUUCCAUCACAUCACAGACAUAUUGUUCAACAAUUUUAUCUCAAAAACUGUCUCAUGAUUCGUAAAGAAAAUCAUUAAAUUCUAAGCUUGUGAAUACACUUGUAAUUCUUUGACCAUCAUGUCGGGUUCAGCUACAGUACCUAUAUCUGAUUUCAAUUUUGUUUCUAAUAUUAUUACAUUAACUUCUUUGAUACUACGCAAAAUAAAAUGUUUUUAUGUAUUUUUGUCAGAACAAUUUAUUUUUAUACUGCGUAGCUUUUUAUUCACACGUUCACUUGGAAAACUGAAAUGGUCUUACGAAAAUCAUAUCGCAAAAUUUUAUUACUUUCAUCAAACUGUAUAUAAAAAACUCAAUAGAAAAAAUCGUUGUAUUUUUUUUGGGCGGGUAAAGAAAUGAUCAUAUUAUAAUGUU